UUACUGAGUCUGCGCAGUGCAGCAGCAGCAAGCCCUGCCCCUCCGCCUGGCUGCUGUGUUUUCACUGUUGUUACAGACGAGCGAAGAAUAAAACAGAGAGAUAAGGUCAUUUAAUGGAAAACUGAUUCAGUCUCCUCCGAAAACUCGGCCUCUGAGGAGUGAAGAGGAGAAGGAGAUACGGAAGAGAACAGGAGGAGGAAGACUGGAUGGAGGAAAUAGGGUCUGACUGAAAAUGCUCCGGAUCUGACUGAAAAGAUGUCCAGUGUUACAAUGGAAGCAAAUUCCAUUCUUCCCAUCCUCAAAAAGAAGCUGGCCUUCCUCUCAGGGGGCAAAGACCGCCGCAGUGGUCUGAUUCUGACCAUCCCCCUCAACUCAGAUCAGACCAGCAUGGAAGAGCUCAGCGCCACACUGGAUUACUUGCUUAGCAUUCCCAGUGAGAAAUGCAAGACUCGGGGUUUCACCGUUAUCGUGGAUGGACGGAGGUCUCAGUGGAACAUUGUGAAGACUGUUGUCCUCAUGCUGCAGAAUGUCAUCCCAGCAGAGGUGUCGCUGGUCUGCGUGGUGAAGCCUGAUGAGUUCUGGGAUAAGAAGGUCACACACUUCUGCUUCUGGAAGGAGAAAGACCGUCUGGGGUUUGAGGUGAUCUUGGUUUCGGCCAAUAAGCUGACCCGGUACAUCGAACCCUCUCAGCUGACGGAUGAUUUUGGAGGAAGUCUGGACUACGACCACAGUGACUGGCUCAGCAAGAGACUGGUCUUUGAGAAAUUCACAAAGGAGUCGACGUCGCUGCUGGACGAGCUGUCGAUUAUCAACGACAGUGACAAGAGCAGCUCGGCGGACAAAGACAAAUCCGCUGACUGUGCUCUCCUGCCAUCCUUUGAUCCUGAGACUGUCCUCCAAUCAGGCCAUGAGCUGCUGUCAGAACUGCAGCAGCGGCGGUUUAACGGCUCAGAGGCAGGAGGAGGAGGACAGGCAGCCCCAGCCUGGUGCCCCAUGGAGGAGGAGCUGCUGGCUCAGCCCCAGGUGAUGAAGCUGCUGGACUCCCUCAGGGAGCAGUACACUAAGUACCAGGAACUCUGCAGGCAGAGGAGCAAGCGUGCUCAGCUGGACGAGGUCCACGCCAAGGUCUUGCAGGUGGUCAACUGGCUGCAGGGUCCUGGUUCUGAGCUGCUCAAGACUCAUCAAGCGAUCGGAGACUCGAUACGAGCGGCUCAGGCCCUGCAGCAGAAACACGAAGAGAUCGAGAGCCAGCACAGCGAAUGGUUUGCAGUGUACAUGGAGUUGAACCAGCAGAUUGCUGCCCUGCUCAGUGCCGGAGAGGAGGAGGAGGUGGUGGAGCUAAAGGCGCUCCAGCAGCAGCUCAGUGACGUCUGUUACCGACAGGCGUCUCAGCUCGAGACUCGUCAGAACGUGUUGCAGGCGGCGCAGAUCUUCCACAGCACCACACAGGAGUUGUCCCAGCAGCUGGACGGUCUUUUGGGCAUGCUGUGUGCUGACGUGUCUCCAGCCGAUGGAGCGUCCAUUCAGCAGAACCUCAAACUGCUGGAGGAGAAACUUCAGACAGUCGAAUCAGGUCUAGGCUCCCUCCGUCAGAAGGGGACGGUGCUGCUGGAGCAGAUGUGCACUCCAUGGCCAUGGCCUCUGGAGGAAACUGAGAGUCCAGCUGGAGAGCAGCAGGACAACGUUCAACACAUCCAGGCUGUGAUGGAGGAGAUGGAGCUCCGCAAGCAGAGGUGUGAGGACAUGGUGGACGUGAGGAGGCUGAAGAUGCUCCAGAUGGUCCAGCUGUUUAAAUGUGAAGAAGACGCUUUACAGGCGGUCGAGUGGCUCAGUGAACUGCUGGACGCCUUGUUGAAGACUCACGUCAGACUCGGUGACGACUCCCAGGAGACGAAGACCAUGUUGGACAAACACAAGAAGUUUGUGGACGUUGCUCAGAGCACAUACGAUUAUGGCCGUCAGCUUCUGCAGGCCACCGUCGUCCUCUGUCAGUCCCUGCGCUGUACGACCCGCUCAUCUGGAGACACCUUACCACGACUCAACCGGGUGUGGAAGCAGUUUAGCGUCACGGCGGAUGAGAGGCAGCAGCGGCUGGAGCUGGCGCUGAACUUUCACACGGUGGCUGAGAGGGUGAUGCAGCUGGUGUGUGUGGAGGCGGAAGCUCUGGAUGAUGUCGACACUUUGGGAAAAACUCUGCUGGACAGAAUCAGCAUGCCGGUUAUCUUCCCUGAUGGGAGUGAGCAGUUCUUCGGGAGCCCCACCGAUACUGCGGCAGCUGCAGAGGGAGUCAGAGAACGCCUCCUGCUGGUCGAGGAGCGGCGGCUACAGCUGCAGGAGGCAAGGCUCGGAAAUGACGGUGAGGAGGUAGAAGUGCUGAACGGCAUGGAGGGGCGGCUCGACGUAAUCGGAGAGGAACUGAGCGAGAAAGAGGAGCAAGAUGAGGAGGAGAAAGAGGCAGAGCAGCAGGAUGAAGACUUGGAGAGGGCUACACAGGACCGCUAAUGGAUGCCUGAUAUUUAAGCAACAGCCUUAAUGAAGCUUGUUAGUGAAGGGCUGCUCAUUAUUUCUACCAAGACCUCUGAGGUGCUCUCUCUGAGCCAGAAGUGCCCCCUACUGGUUACCUCUGCCCAGCUGCAGCGGCGUGUUUGACUGGGUGCUGUUUGUUUAAAUCAAGGCCAUACCCCCCCCCCCAGCUCCACUGCUUUACCUUUCCUACAAGAGGGCAAAAGUAAUGGGCGUUAACUGUUAGACGUGGUUAUUCUGCAGGAUCAGCAGAUUUCUGACAUCAGUGGUUUAAACACACCAAAAAAACAGAAUAAUAGAAAUAUUUACUGGAUUAAUUAACAUGAAUAUCUCUGCUCUGUUGAGAUCAUUCACCUGUAAAGCUGUCCCUCUGGAUGCUCCUAACGUUGACCAUAUGCCAGUGCUGCCUCCUCCUCAUUCAUAACGGUGCUUUGUGCUUUUGGAAAAAAACAAAAAUUUUUUGUAAUGUCCUUUACAUUUUAACCCACAGAAAUAUGUCCGAUGACGUUUUUUAAUCUAGGAUGAAAGCCAUCCUGGUUGCAGCUUAGGAUGAGUUGUUAGGUCCGUGAACAUCAGAAACGGCGCUUUGAAUCAGCUGGAAACGAAAGCCUUUAUUUUGUAGAAUAGUUUUACAUUCAGAGGAUUUUUUUUCACCCUAACUAAAUCUGAAACGUUUUUACCAGCAGAAGAGGAAAGGUAUGACUGCUUUUAUAUUAAUAAAAAAAAAGAUGAAAGAAUCCAGAAAAACCUUGGAAGCGACAUCCUGCAGUUCUGUCAGCAGCCACUAGAGGCGGGCCACGCAUUCACGUUUUGUAUUAAAAUGCCAGAAAUGAACAUUUUAACAGUUUGGGGCAAAAACAGUUGUUAUCUCUAUAAUGAGACAUCCGGGGGG